GCCGGAUAUCCUGACGCUGUUCUAUUCUAGACUGUCGCGCACCUCUCGUAUUUUGCCUUGUUCCGUUUUCGUUGUGCGAAGUAGACACACGAACACAUUUACAUUAUUGACAGGGUCAGUCUGGGACUCACAAAACAAAACAGCAACAUGGAUACUCGGAGUGAUUACACGAAGAGGUUUACAAAACGUCUAUUCGCCAUUUUGUCCUCGCUUCAGAAGAGAUGACUCAUCACAGAGGUUACAGUGGAAAAGGAACCCCAGAGCACAGAGACGAUCCUAGCAAUCUGAAACAUGCAGAUGAAGGUGUGUUUGGUUUUGAUGGAGAUGAAGUGAAGUCAGUGUCAGUGAUGGAGGGAGAAUCUGUCACACUACACACGGAUCUUACUCGCAUACAGAGACGUGAUCACAUACUGUGGAUGUUUGGACCUCAAGGGAUUCCAAUAGCUGAUAUCUAUAAUCAGAAACCAAAUACAUAUCAGACUGGAAGAUAUGGUGGUAGACUGCAGAUCAACAGUCAGACUGGAUCUCUCACCAUCACAAACAUGAGAACAACAGACUCUGGACUUUAUAGAUUAGAGGUCAUCAACGGGAAAGAAACAUUGUUCAAGAUAUUUAAUGUAACUGCAUAUGCUCGUCUGUCUGUUCCUGUCAUCAUCAGAAACUCUUCUCAAUGUUCUUCAUCAUCAGAAAGAUCUUCAGUGUCAAAAUGUGUGUUGUUGUGUUCAGUGAUGAAUGUGACACAUGUGAGUCUCUCCUGGUACAAAGGAAACAGUUCAUUGUCCAGCAUCAGUGUGUCUGAUCUCAACAUCAGACUCUCUCUACCUCUGGAGGUGGAAUAUCAGGAUACAAACACAUACAGAUGUGUCAUCAACAAUCCCAUCACAAACCACACACAACAUCUACACAUCAAUGAACUCUGCCAGUCGUGUUCAGGUUUGAAGAAGGCCCGUUCACACCAUAUUGCUUUAGGUGUAGCUGCGCUUUUGCUCUUGACUAUAGCAGCAGUAGCAAUCUGCCAGAACAAAAACAAGUUGAUAUCCACUACAGCAAGAUGUGGCUUCACCUACCAGAGCCAAAAGGACCAGUUGGAUCACAGCUUUAGUGGAACUGAAACACCAGACACCGUCUGAGAAGCCAAAAAAGUGUAAUGAGAGAUCUGGAAUACCAAGGUUCUUAUCCAUGUGUAGCUUCAAGACAGAUGACAAAUAAUCAUAUCGAAGAAAUAUCCAAGAGUAGACAGUAAACCAUCAGUACCAGAUAACAAUCUAAGGUAAAUAAAUCUAGAAUACACUGACGCUAAGAAAUGUACACAAUGGCAAAACAAGAUUUCACAAAGUAAGAAGAGAGAGAAAUGAUGAGGUUAUGAGAAUCAGAUGUAGCAAUAAUCUGUAUGUGAACAAAAUUGUGGGAAAUGUAGAUGACUUCAGCAAAUACGCCUGGUGAUCGAGGGAACAUCAUUCAUAACAGACUGAUGCUAUAAUAUUAUUGUGUACUAUUCUGGUUAACAUCUUACAUCAUCUACUUGUAUUUAUUCUCAUUUGGUCCUGUACUUAAAGUCACUUUUUUGUGAAUAUUGUGAAUAAUUAUUAUUAUUUUUCUAUUUCUCUUUUCUACAUGUUUUUAAUCAAGGAUACAUGUGCAAUGUGUUGCUGUAGCACAAUGACAAUAAAGUUAUAUUUUAUUCUAUUCUAUUAAAAUACCAGUUUGACAAGCACAACAUUUCCUAAUAAUGAUGGAUCAUCUCUGCACUUCUGUGCCUUUUCUACAGGAUUUCUGUUAUUGUUUGUUAUUUUUUAUCAAUAUUUUUAGGGGAAAAAAAGCACUUGAUCAAGUCGUCACCCGUUUAUCAAUGGUUCAAAUGUCCUGUAACUAGAGGAUGACUUGCAAUCUGCACUUGUUGCACAUGUUUGUUACUGAUGUACAUGUGGAAAUUUUUGUUAAAAAAAAUCAAUAAAGUUUUCUAUGUAAAAAAAGUGA